AGCGACGUGUCCUUGUCCCCCGUGGGCAGCCGGCGCGUGCAGCCGCCGAUCCUCAGCUCCCAGAGCCUCCCCGCAGAACCCACCUCCUCGGGCGGCCCGUCCCAGCCAUGAAGACCAAGAGUCGGGCCUCUAGGCGCCGUGGGUCCCCUCAGGGCGCAGAGGCCGCCGCCGGGGAGCAGACGCCCGAGAGGCCACAGCCGGUCCCAGGGCCGGAGCCGGGCCGGGAGCUGCGAAGCCGGCCGGCGCGGGGAGCGGCGGCGGCGGCGGCGGGGGCGCGAGGCGAGGCGGGGCGCAGGCGGCCGGGGCCGGGCGGCCGGCGCGAGAGCAGCGUCCAGCGGCGGCUGGAGAGCAACGAGCGCGAGCGGCAACGCAUGCACAAGCUGAACAACGCCUUCCAGGCGCUGCGCGAGGUCAUCCCGCAUGUGCGCGCCGACAAGAAGCUCUCCAAGAUCGAGACGCUCACGCUGGCCAAGAACUACAUCAAGUCGCUGACGGCCACCAUCCUGACCAUGUCGAGCAGCCGCCUGCCUGGCCUCGAGGGCCCGGGCCCCAAGCUCUACCAGCACUACCAGCAGGGAGCCGGCGAGACCCCGCCGGAGGGACACCUGCAGCGGUACUCCACACAGAUCCACAGCUUCCGAGAGGGCACCUAGGGCCUCUCGGGGGCGGCAGCGGGCUGGCCUGCCCAUCCCAGCCCGGCCCCUCCGGCCUGAGCCCGCAGGGGGUGACUUUGCCCUCGUGGCCCUGGCCCCGGUGGCUCUGCGUUCCCUGAAUACUCAGCCACUUUGUGAGAGCUGUUUUCCUGUUCCCUGGGGACAAGCAGUGGCAAAGGUCCUGCUUUGGAAUGAACUGGUCCAACUAGGCAGCUGUGGAAAGGCCUUUGCCUUUUUAACCAAAUUCUCUUCACCGGCUUCCUCCUCCCUCCCGGGCAGAUGAGAUUCCAGGAAAAGGGUUACUUACAUAAGUUUGCCUGGCUGCUCAGGCCAAGGCCUGGGACCCUCCAACCUGAAUCGUAGGGCGAGAUGGAACCUGAACUCAGCCUCCUCGUUUGAGGUAAACUGAGGCAUGGAGUCAGCCUGGUAAAGCCCAAGGCCACACAGGGUGUGUAGCACAGUCAGGUGGUUGAGGCUUCUAGCUGAGAGGCUGUCAGACGGAAACCCUGAUGAGAUGACUUCAGAUUAAUUCUAGACAGAACUUGGCCGGAAGAGGGGCUGGGAUCCUUUCCCUCCUGGCCAGGUGCAGGGCUCCAGCCCAAGCCCUGACUACGGAGGGUCCACCCGUGGCCCUGGUGCUGCAGGGUGCUCGUGGUCCUGUUUGUCACUGACUCAGGCUCUGUGAUUGGCAGAGGGUGGUCUGAGAGGGAGGAAGCUUGUAGUGUAAUAGCUAAGCGCUCAGCUGCUAACCAAAAGGUUGAUGUUUGAAUCCCACCAGCAGCUCCGAGGGAGAAAGAUGUGGCAGUCUACUUCUGUAAAAAUUAUAGCCUUGGAAACUCUAUGGGGCAGUUCUCUGUCCUUUAGGGUCACUAUGAGUCAGAAUCCACUCAAUGGCAACACUUGUUUUUUUGCUAAGUCUGACUGGAUUUUAGGAUGUUCCUGGAUCCCCACUUACAGUUGGGGCUUUCUCUGGGGUGGAGCCAGGGGUGGCAGGCAGCUCCCUGCUCCUCCCCUGUGAGGCAGGAAGGACAAUUUGGCAGGUCCCAGCAGCCUCAGGCCAAGCUUCCUCCUGCUGGGUGUGCCUGCCCACAGGCUCCUCAGACUUGGCCUCUCUCCUCCUUGUCCUUCUGCUUCCAGCCCAACAUGGCAACAGGGGCUGGCUCAUGGGGCCCAGGUCCUCCCAUGCCAUGCUCCCCAGCUCUCCCUCCCUGACCCCCCUUGGCACGGGGCACGGCAUCUGUGGCCACAUCAGAGGCAACCAGGGCAGUGGUGGCUCCUACCUCUCCUGGUCAGACCCUGGCCAGGCCGGGACCCCGGCCCCCACUCCUCAGUCCUCUGAGGGUAGCCUGGAAGGGUUGGUCUCCCUGUCCCUGGGAGCAGUGAUGGUGCACCACAUUCCUGCCAGGUUCCUGACAGCACCCAGAGGCCUGGCAGGCCCCGGCCUCACCACCUGGCUAUCCCUCACCACCGUCAGAUGGGGACCCCAGGCCCCCAGCCUGCCCCUCAUGGGAAACGGCUUUGCACGGCCAGCAGUCAGGGUGAUCCACCAGGACGCAUUGGGGCUGGGUAACUCCAAUCUCGGGACAGAGCCCACACUGCCCCAGCGAGGGUGAGCUGCCUGGCUGAGGGCAAGCAAAGAACCUGCAAAGACAAGGCUGAGGCCCAGGAGAGCCUGGAGAUGCCCAGCAGGGCGGUAGGCAGUGUCCAGGGGACCUCUCGUCUCUUCCCUUCUGCCCAGAUUGGUAACUGCACCCCCUCUACGUCCUGAGGGUGACCAGCCCAGGCGCCCAGUCCUCCACCUGUGGCCAGAGGUGACCCACACUCCCCAUGCCAUGUCAGGGAGAAUCCUUAAACGUCCCUGCCCUGAAUGAUGGGGGUGGAGGACAGUCUGGGAUAGGCUGGUGAGGCCUGGUUUUGGACCCCCCACCCAGGCCCCAGCACUGAACCGUCCAUCCUGCAUGGAGGCCCUCGUGAACAGUGUGGCUGGAGGCCUGCCUGGGUCCGCCAAGCUGUGGGUCAGGGAUGCUUCGUAAAGUCACCCCUGACUGGCGCCCCCCUGCACCACCCCGUCAAAGUGCCUACGAAGCCAACACGGUCACAGAGCAAAAAUAAAAGAUUUCACGGCAACGGCCACGUUCACCCCUGCUGCAUGUGCA